CUUAUCUGAAUUGAUCAGACAUUUGCCUCUGAAUAGUUAAGCAAUAUACUAGCUCUUAAUGGUUCAGACCUCUUACUGGUUCAACACUUAAUGGUUCAGACCUCUUACUAGUUCAGCACUUACGUAUUCAGAGAAUAAUGAGCUCUUAAUGAAAAAUCAUAACAUGAGGCCCACCGGUUGUAGCCCUACAAAUUUUGGCCAUCCUGAUCGUGGUUCAGCACCAGAAUCAAAUGUUAUCCAAGGUGGUGCACGCGGACACUUUAAACGUGGACGCGGAAAUAACCGCAACAAAGGGCCAUAUAGGGGAUAUAAACAUCCAAAUGAAUCAUCCUCCAAAGGAAAGGGAAAAUUUAAACCACCACAAUCUAAAACUCAUGAAAAGCCAAAACCAAGUGGUGAAUGCUAUAAAUGUGGCAUAAAAGGACAUUGGGCUAAUGAAUGUCGAACGGCAAAACACUUGGUAAAAUUAUACCAAGCUUCCACAAAAGGAAAAGCAAAAAGUGUGGAGGCUAAUUAUGCUGAUGAUAUCAAUCCAAUUUUUCCUAAAUUUGACGGGUCCGAUUUCUACAAGGAUGAUGCUGAAAUUGGUGAUGAGGUGGCCUUUGGUGGAACUACUACUGUUUAAAUAUUUUAAUUUACACUGUUAUGGUGUGUUUACUUUUAAAAUAAAUGUUUAAAAUCUGUACUUUAAUUUUCAUGUGUACUUGUAUUAUUAUGUCUGUUCUAAAAAAUUAUAAUAAAAUGUAUGAUAUUUGUGUUAAUUAUCUUGAACUUAUAUUUAUUUAUAUAUUUAUUUAUAUUCAAGAUAUGGAGAUAACUGCUUAUGGCUCCAGUGGCAAAGAACAAUGUCUAAUUGACAGUGCCACAACGCACACCAUUUUGAGAAACAAAGAAUAUUUUUCUCAAA